AUGGACAAUCUAUCCGAGCUGCCCCGUCUGCAGUCUGACCCGCUCUCCCGCUCUCUCUCCUCUCUCGCGAGCGACACCCCCCUCGUGCUCUCUGCACACGCCGCACACGCCGCACCGCAUAUCGUUCUCCCGCGCCUCACCCUCCCCCAGAAAGGUACACGUCCCCCGAGACGGCCUUCGACCGCCUCCUCGGCGGAGGAGAAGCUCAUCCGUCUCCCGUCCGCUCACGCUAGCUCUGGCCUCUCCACCACCUCCGGAACACCCGCCUCGACCGCGGGCUCCGCCAGCAUUAUAUCCGACGAUGGGGAGGCGUCCAUGCAGCACACGAAUCGAUGGCCCCACGCUGCCGUAGCCAGCCUCCGUGCAGAGCCAUCGCGCCUCUCCAGCUCAGCAGACGUGCUCCCCUCGCCGUUUGACCUGUCUCCCGCGGACGAGCAGCUGUCCCAGAGCAUGACCGUGCCCGAACCGCAGGACGUCGACGUCGACUAUGACUGGGCGACCUUCGUCAACGCGUACGCGCUCGGUAGGUGGGACCCGCUCCGCACCCCGCAUCCGCCCCGAUCCCAUCUCCAGCCGCCCAACCUCGCCCGCCCGUCCCACGCCGUGUCAGACGACACUCUUGCUGAUCAGUCCGAGACGAUAUUCGACUCUCCCGUGAUGGAGUCCGAGGUUUGGCAGACGCCCAUGUCGACGUGCGGCUCGUCCUUCGCCGUCGACCUUGGUCCGCCUCCAGGCCUCGACCCCGCUGUCAUGACCAUAUCGCUGCCCUCACCCUUUGUCCCAGGCACGGAGGUAGGUAAGCUCGAGAGGCAGCCCAACAUCCCACUAAACUUGCCUCCCUUUCCUCACCGUCUACGCAAUUCCUUCACUGAUCUGCGCUCCUCGGCAAACUCACAAUCCAUGUCGCCAGAGUCGAAUCGGCCCUUCAGCAUUCCCUCUACUGACGCGACAACCGCGGCUGCGGCCAUUCGGUGGGCCGCUGCACGCGUCUCCGUGGCCCCUCUCGCGCUCCCGUCGCCGGAGCACGAACUGACCGACCCGAUGCGGGGGGUGACUGCUACAAUACCGGGAUCCCAUCCACCCGAUAUAUAUCCGGACUCGCUACCCAACACGCCCGGCGUCUCCCGCAAGACCCGGUUGAGCAGCUUCUGGCAGGGCACCCAGGACGUCGACGACCGCAGGGCGCUUCCAACUAUCGAGGCGAGCCCACCCGUACCCGCAGAGGAACCUUCAGCAGAGGUAAAGACUGCGACGCUGCCCGUAGCUGGCUCACUCGUCCCGCCCGCCACUGCUCCCGUGCGGGUUGUUGUCGAUCGGCCGGAUGUCGAUUACUUUGGGAACGCGGAACCGUCCAGGGCGGAGAAUAUGCUGGGGCGUGUGGAGCCGGAGCGACGGACAUCGGCGCCCCCGUUGUUCGACCGUGAGCCAGCGACGGUCCCUGCCCUCCCGCGCAAGAUAUGCCUGACGCGGCAGACGUCCGCACCGCUGCCCACGUCGUCGCUGUACGAGCGCCGGUUGCGGUCGGCUCGCCCGCUAUCGGAGUCGUCCGUGCCGACACUCUUGGGCAGAGCGGCGAAGGAGGAGAAUAUGUUCUGUGAGCUGGGUUUUCUGGCGCCCCCGAACCCGCCCGAUGAGUUGGAACGCAGAAGAGCGCUUUACAAAUUCAACAUAUGGAACACGGGCCGCGACAUGAACUUCGAUCGGAUAGCGCACCUUGUGAAACUGGUCUUCAAUCCGAAAAUUGUCACUAUAGCACUCGUUGACGGGACUGAUGAAUUCCUCAAAUCUGAGUCUGGCAUUGGUACCUCCAUUAUUCCAAGGAUACGCUCGUUUGAUGCCCAUGCGAUCUUACAACGGGACGAUGAGCCCACCGUUGUCCUCGAUGCUCGGGACGAUUGGCGUUUCGCAAAAAACCCGUUCGUCACUGGUCACCCACACAUACGGUUCUACGCGGGCUGUCCACUUCGCACCCAAGACGGCUUCAACAUCGGCACUCUCUCCAUCAUCGAUGAUACCCCUCGUCGCGAGUUCAGUCCCCGUCAGCGACAUACGUUGAAGGAGUUUGCGCAAAUUGCUAUGCGAGAACUGGAGCUGUGGCGUGAUAAGAUCCAGCUUCGUAUACGAGAUCGAAUACAGAACUCGAUGGAACAAUUUACGCGAGAGUGCCUCGAAGUAGACAAGGAAGUCGACAACGAGAAGGUUAUGAGCUUGUCCGUCGGCACCUCCAUGGAACAAGUGUACGAGCGUGCCGCGAAGCUAGUCAAGAGGACGUUAGAUGUCGAAGGAGCCAUCGUCCUAGAUGUGUCUCAUGUUGACGUAGUGGAGACAAUGGGCGCGGAAUGCACCAUGUCUAUUACGCUGCACGACGCCGAUGCGCACGCGGGGGCAACGACCAAGUUGCUUAGUAGCCAGGAGUAUACGCGGCUAGCGGAGUUUUUUGAGAAAAACCCUGAUGGCAAGAUCUGUGAGGGCGUCGUCCCGGCGACACUCCGUCCGUUCCUACCGACGCGCAUCCAGUACGCACUCACUGUCCCUAUAUUUAACGUCGACAAGCGGCCGUUCGCGCUGCUGUGCGCAUACAGCACGGGGGAACGCACGACACCUUUCUUGGAGGGCCACGAACUGUCGUAUCUUCGAGCAAUAGGCGUCAUCAUCCUGUCCGCCGUGCUCAAGCGUAGGAUGAUCCUUGCGGACAAGGCGAAGAGUCUGUUCAUCUCCAACAUCUCGCAUGAGUUGCGGACACCUCUGCAUGGAAUUCUGGCCUCUGCCGAGUUGCUAUCGGAGACGCGGUUAGGCCACAGCCAGGCAUCCUUUUUGCAAACAGUACAAGCGUGCGGGACGUCCUUGGUGGAGACAGUGAACCACGUGCUAGACUUCACCAAGCUGAGCGGUAACGCGAAAUCUGGUGGCGUCGAAAACGUGAUACACCUCAGCAAGGUUGAUCUCAUGCAGUUAGUCGAAGAAGCUACGGAAGGAUGCUGGAUCGGGCACCGCGCUAGGAUGUUCACCUCCGAGAUUGGCAGUGUUUAUUCACCCCCGAUGCAAGAUCAGAAGCUCGCCGUUGCACUUCCGGCACCCGAGAAGCAUGUGGAGACUGUCGUAGAUGUGGGACACAGCGAGAAUGGUUGGACCUUGCGGUGCGAGAAGGCCGGCAUACGCAGGGUGUUGAUGAACGUGUUUGGGAACAGCCUCAAGUUUACUUCCGACGGCUACGUUCACGUAAUGCUCCGACAGUUUCCUGAUGGCCCUAGGAACAAGGUCAGGAUAGAGCUCUCUGUUAUUGACACUGGGAAGGGCAUCAGCCAGAGUUUCCUCAAAAACCAACUCUUUCACCCGUUCUCGCAAGAGAAUCCUCUACAGACGGGAACGGGUUUGGGCCUGGCUAUUGUCAAUAGCAUCGUGUGCUCUCCAGGUGUCAAUGGCAAAGUUGACGUAUGGAGUACAGAAGGCGUUGGAACGGAAAUCAAGAUCACUUUUACCGCAGAAGCGAUAGAAGACGAGGAAGUCUCCUCCAGCGAUGCCGAAUUUGCGAAGCUCUACGACCAUCUCCAGCGGCCCAGGAUUUCGUUACUGGGCUUUGACGAUCCACACAGAGGAGUCCAGCUGUUACGCGACGUCGUGUCAACAUAUCUCAUUUCACGAUGGGGUAUCCAGCUUGCAGAUGGAUCUGACCGAGGAGAGAUUGUUAUUGUGAACGAGGAUAUCACUCCAGUGACUCAAGCAAUCACGAACAGGGAUGCUAGCCGACCGUUCAUCAUUUUCUCAUCUUUCCGCGGUGACUUGCGACUCAUGUCAAUCGUCAACGAUUACGAAGCUAUUGGUGGAUUCGCACGGGUAAUAUACAAGCCUGUUGGACCUGGUCGGAUAUGCUCUGUGCUUAGGCUGUGUCUACAUGUUCUGAAUAUUGGAAGGGAGUCACGUUCCAAGUCAACUCUGCUACAUCAAAGCCAGUCUUCUCCUUCACUGCCUCCUGGAACGUUCGAACUCGGCGAGAGUGGCACCCAUCCCAGCGCAUUCGCCCGUCGUUUUUCGGAAGAGCGCGGUCUGAAGCUUGCUGCAUCUGGUACUGCAUCUGGACGACCUUCUUUGGGUCCUCGUGCCGUGACAGCGCAUCCGUUGUCUAGUUAUUCACGAGUGACUUCCACCUCGGAUCAGGACGAGUUGGAGCCAGAGCCUGCGGAGUCGUUAUCUGGCCCUGAGAGUCCAGUUCGGCGAACUAUUUCUGUCGGCACAGGAGGGACUCUGCUUAAGUCUUCCGUAGGCACAGUUGCGUCUAAUGGUUUGGUCCGAGUUUUGGUUGUGGAAGACAACAGCAUCCUACGGAAUCUGCUCGUCAAGUGGCUUACCAGCAAGGGUUAUCACUGCAGAGAAGCAGUAGAUGGACAGGAGGGCGUCAACGUCUUCGAAUCAGGAGGACAAUUUGACGUUGUCCUUGUUGACCUGUCCAUGCCGGUCCUUGACGGUAUUGGUGCGACUACUCGGAUGCGAGAUAUCGAAUCUGCACGAUUGUCUCGCGAAGACAUGCAGCAAAAUACCCUCAGCCACUCGAAACCCGCUCGAAUACUGGCGCUGACUGGAAUGUCUUCGCUAGAUGACAAGCGCCGAGCAUUCGACGCCGGAGUGGACGGCUAUCUUGUAAAACCGGUCGCAUUCAAAACUUUGGAUGUAAUGUUCCAUAAACUUGGCAUUUCAUGA